AUGAUGUUUGGGAUCAGAGGAAAUAAGGACAGCUGUGGGCCGAUCGCAAACACGAGGAGGAAUCACGGAUCCCCACGGUGCCGAGUUAGAGCGCUCUGGGUUCCCGCACGGAAGCCUUCCGCUGCGCACCGAGCGUCCCCGAAACCGGAAGCGGAAGUAAGCUUCCUGGCUUGGCAGCCGCGAUCGUGCCAUUCCUGCUCUGCGGUGAGGUCGGUGUGGCCCCGUCGCCGGUCGGCCCGCUCCGCUAGCGGUUGCCUCGCAGCUCCUGUCCCGGGGCUGAGGGCGCUGUGCCCGCUCCCCGCGCACCCCUGGUCUCCCAGAGCUUCGGGACUCCCUGUAGCCGGGGAGCCGCCGCCUCUUGGCCGCUUCCUGCGCCCCCGGCGCCGCGGCCGCAGCUGCUUCCUGGAGGCCGCGGAGGUGGGACCUGUGUCUCGGUCUCAGGUGUGGUGCAGGGAGAAGGAGUCCAGUCCAGGCAGUCGGGGACCUAGGGUGCCCAUCUUGCACAUCCAUAAAUCACAGGGAAGGAUUUCAACUGCUCUGGCUGGUGUGUGGACCAAACAUUAUUCAUCUGCCUCCAAACUGCCCAGUGCUCUGCUUCCACUCCCGUCCCUCUUCCUGACGUGGCUUCAUGGGCUCAGAGAUGACAUUCCCUUAGACUUCCAGAAGCUGGAGAAGGAAAUGGCGGUAAAGUCACGGGAGGCUGGGAAGGUGGAAUCCGUGUCCCGGCAAUUUUCCGACGGCCUGCAAAGUUGCCCACUGGACGAUUGACUGAGGAACCUACAAGCUUAAUGGAUAUUUUCUGGACUCUAGCCUCCUUGUCAGGAGGAAUCCUGCCUCAGGACAGGGGGGGCUGUUCGGAAGGCUCAUUACGUGACCCCACUAUUCCAGCCGCCGGGAGCUCAAGCCUGCUACACGACCAAGUUCUGCCAGUGGUUGGAGCAGAGCGUUACCCACCACAACCCCCCUCUGCUCUUUGAUCUCCUCCUGGGAUCCCGCUGUGUCCACCCCCCAACUCUCCAGGGACACAGAGCCCCUGUUCGACCUGGUGACUGAGAAGGUGGCCGCCACCCUGAGGGAUCACCAGGAAUCGGUGGUUCCCACCCAGGAGCAGCUGUCGGAGUUAAAUGGGGACAGGAUGUGUCUGAAGCCCUGCUGUGGGGUGUUCCCAUUCUGCCUGUGUGACGAAGAGGGGGAGCCCUCAGCUGGGGAGUCAUAACAAGAAGCGAUGUUAGAGACCAGGCGAUUGGAGUCUGCCACGCUUGGCCGUUUCAUAUCUGCAGUGAGUGCAAUGCGGGCCGAUGAGUUCAUCUCCAAUUCCAGAUGAUUAAAUGUCCGUCUGUCUUAAUGCUUUCUGUUCACCUUUUGGAUUCCUGGUGA